AUCGACCGCAGACUGCAAGAGAAAGAAGAGGAAUUCGACAACACAAGGAAGAACCACCAACGUGCCAUCGAUUCCAUGCAAGCCAGUCUGGAAGCUGAAACCAAGGGCAAGGCUGAGGCACUCAGGAUGAAGAAGAAGUUGGAAAGCGACAUCAACGAAUUGGAGAUUGCGUUGGACCAUGCCAACAAGGCAAACGCUGAGGCUCAGAAGAACAUCAAGAAGCACCAAAUCCAAAUCAAGGAACUCCAACAAUCCUUGGAAGAAGAACAGAGAGCUAGGGAUGAAGUUCGUGAACAGUACGCCAUGUCAGAGAGGAGAUGCAACGCCAUGCACGGAGAACUGGAAGAAAGCAGGCAGCUUCUUGAACAGGCUGACCGUGCUCGCCGUGCUGCAGACAGCGAGCUUGCAGAACUCCACGAGAAUGUAAACGAGCUCUCUGCACAAGCAUCCUCCCUUUCAAUGGCCAAGAGGAAAUUGGAGAGUGAGGUCCAGGCCCUCCACUCCGACUUAGACGAGAUGCUCAAUGAAGCCAAGUCUUCUGAAGAGAAGGCCAAGAAGGCCAUGGUCGAUGCCGCUCGUUUGGCUGACGAACUCCGCGCAGAACAGGAACAUGCUCUACAACAAGAGAAGAUGCGCAAGGCUAUGGAAGGACAGAUCAAGGAAUUGCAGAUCCGUUUGGAUGAAGCUGAGGCAGCUGCUCUCAAGGGAGGAAAGAAAAUCAUUCAAAAACUCGAACAGAAGGUUCGUGAAUUGGAGACAGAGUUGGAGAACGAACAGAGACGUCAUUCCGAAUCAGCCAAGAACGUCAGGAAAUCCGAACGCCGGGUUAAGGAAUUGCAGUUCCAGGCAGAUGAAGACCGCAAGAAUCACGAACGUAUGCAAGACCUGGUCGACAAACUGCAACAGAAGAUCAAGACCUACAAGAGGCAGAUUGAAGAGGCCGAGGAAAUCGCAGCUUUGAAUCUCGCCAAAUUCCGCAAGGUCCAACAGGAACUGGAAGAUGCUGACGAACGUGCCGACAUGGCAGAGAAUGCGGUUGCAAAACUUCGUGCCAAGAAUCGCAGCUCGGCAUCUGUUGGUCGCGCCAUGAGUCCUGUGCAAAUGGGAAAGCCCGGUCGCCCAAAGUCCAAAAUUGAAGAAGAGUAA